GGGGGCGGCGUGGGGGCCUGGGCCGAGGCGCUGCGGCAGCUCAAGGGGAAGCGAGCAGCCACGACGCUGGAUGAGAAGAUUGAAAAAGUGAGAAGGAAAAGGAAAGCCCAGGAAAGAGAUGCAAAACGAGUAAAGACAAAGGAGGAGGACACGGGGGCGGAAAAGGAAGAUGAAAAUAAAGAACGAGAGAGUGAAGCAAGCAGGGAGGAGGAGGGGGAGGAUGUGGAUGUGGAGUCCCAGUAUUCCUCAGCUGACGAGAGCAUCUUCACACAAGCAGAUACCCUCAAGGUGAAAGAGCGGAAGAGAAAGGGGAAGGGAGAAGCGGUGGAAACAGAGAGAUUUUUUGAAGAUGCAUCUCACUAUGACGACAGCUUGUCGUUCCAGGACAUGAACCUCUCUCGCCCGCUGCUAAAGGCAAUCACAGCACUUGGCUUCAGGCAGCCAACCCCAGUCCAGAAAGCCUGUAUCCCAGUAGGCCUGUUGGGGAAGGAUAUUUGCGCCUGUGCUGCCACGGGGACAGGUAAAACAGCUGCCUUCAUCUUGCCUGUGCUGGAGCGCUUGAUCUAUAAGCCUCGUCAGGCUCCUGUGACCCGGGUGCUGGUUCUGGUGCCAACCCGGGAGCUGGGUAUUCAGGUGCACUCUGUCACCAAAGAGCUGGCACAGUUCAGCAGCAUCACAACCUGCCUUACUGUGGGUGGCUUGGAUGUAAAGACUCAGGAGGCAGCGCUGCGCUCCGGGCCAGACGUUCUCAUUGCCACACCCGGGCGUCUGAUCGAUCAUCUCCACAACUGUCCAUCCUUCCAUCUGAGUAGCAUUGAGGUGCUCAUCUUGGAUGAGGCUGACAGAAUGCUGGAUGAGUACUUCGAGGAGCAGAUGAAGGAAAUAAUCCGUCUCUGCUCCCACCACCGGCAGACUAUGCUCUUCUCCGCUACCAUGACAGACGAGGUGAAGGAUUUGGCUUCUGUGUCCCUGAAGAAUCCUGUCCGGAUCUUUGUGAACAGCAACACGGAAGUGGCUCCCUUCCUGCGGCAAGAAUUCAUCCGCAUCCGACCCAACCGAGAAGGGGACCGUGAAGCCAUUGUGUCAGCUUUGCUGACGCGAACCUUCCCCGACCACGUGAUGCUUUUCACCCAGACCAAGAAGCAGGCUCACCGGCUGCACAUCCUGCUGGGGCUGAUGGGCCUGCAGGUCGGGGAGCUGCAUGGCAACUUGUCUCAGACGCAGCGUCUGGAGGCCCUAAGGCGCUUUAAGGAUGAGCAGAUCGACAUCCUGGUGGCCACAGAUGUUGCAGCACGAGGACUGGACAUUGAGGGUGUCAAAACAGUGAUUAACUUCACGAUGCCCAACACUGUAAAGCACUACGUGCACCGUGUGGGGAGGACAGCGCGGGCGGGCCGAGCCGGGCGCUCCGUCUCGCUGGUGGGUGAGGAGGAACGCAAGAUGCUGAAGGAGAUUGUGAAGACGGCCAAGACGCCAGUGAAGGCCAGAAUCCUCCCCCAGGAUGUGAUCCUGAAGUUCCGGGAAAAGAUCGAGACCCUGGAGAAGGAUGUGUAUGCGGUGCUGCGCCUGGAGCGUGAGGAGCGUGAGAUGCAGCAGUCAGAGGCUCAAAUUAACAAGGCUAAGCAGCAACUGGAGAAGGCAAACCAGGAGAAGGCAGACAAGGAGCCUGAGCGGAGCUGGUUUCAGACUCGAGAGGAGAGGAAGAAAGAGAAACUGGCUAAAGCCCUUCAGGAGUUUGACCUGGCACUGAGAGGCAAGAAGAAAAGGAAGAAGUUUAUGCAGGACACACAGAAGAAAAGCGAGAUGACGCCAGAGGAGAGGUCGCAGUUUGAAAUCCUGAAGUCACAGAUGUACGCAGAGCGAGUGGCAAAGAGGGCCCGCAGAGGGAAGCGAGCCCGAGCCCUGCCAGAGGAGCAGCCCUUGGCAGCAACAGGCCCCAAACAGAAGAAGAAGUCAUCUGUAUUCGACGAGGAGCUCACUAACACCAGCAGGAAGGCCCUGAAGCAGUAUCGUGCUGGGCCCUCGUUUGAAGAGCGGAAGCGGCUGGGCCUUGCCCAUCGCAGAAAAGGAGGAAACUUCAAAUCCAAGUCCAGGUACAAGAGGAAGUGACAGAUGUUCUGUUGAGAGCAUUACCUGGGAUAUGCUGCCACAGGAGACAGUGGGCCUCACCAUCAAGAAUCCUGCUUCCCUUCGUGAUGGCGGAAGUCACGCAGCCUCUCUUCUGGGCUGAACUUCAUGUGCUGUAACUGUAGGAGCACCUGGUGAAGAGCCCCAGGGGAAAACUGUAUCUUCUGCAGCCAUACAGUAAAGGGUCAACCUCU